ACACGAAACUGAAAGCUCUCUUUCCAAACCCCCCCUUUCAGGCCGGCAUGAGUGCACCAGGAACCAGGCGGCACAUCUUUGACAAGAAGCUGCAGCUGGAGAAAUGCGACACCUCCACCAUCUCUCUGCAGAUGGGCACCAACAAAGUGGCCCCCUCCCAGCAGGGCAUGACCACCUACGGCCUGCCCCGCCAGGUCUACGACACCAAAUACUGCACCAACCCCAACGACACAUACAACAACGGGAGCGAGGUGGAGUUUGACGGAUACAACCAGUACUCUGACUGAAGAAGCCACAGACAGCCCCCCCCCACACCCUCUCCUCCCUUCCCUCCCCCUUUGCUUUAACGCCAGACAACCCACCACAGCUGUCUCUGCGACGAGCAAAGCUUCCCAGACUGUUAUUUGACUCUGAAUGACGUCAUCCUUCUUUUUCUAAAAGUGUUUUUACUCCUAAGAAGUUUUAUAUUUUGCUUUUCCAUGAGCACGAGACAGAAUGUUGUUUACACUGGCCCCGCGUCGAAAACGUUCAUGCUGCGGCCGACUUCUGCUGCCCUGGUUAUUAUUAUUAUUGGUAGGAAAUAGCCACACAGCACACAGAGGUGGAGAAGUAUUGAUCUUUGCUAUUUAUAGUUUUUUGUUUUUUUUUAAAUUGCUUUUUAUUCUCGUUUUCAAAGAUUUUAACUCUCGACGCCCCUAACUUCACAUUGCUACCUUUCCAAACAUGUUUGAUCAGCGAUGGAGUAGAAUCUGAAUGUUUGCGCUCACGUCCACGUUAAAGCUCCACGGGCUGAAGGGUCCCGCUUUUUUUUUUUAGAUUUUUGACAGAAGCCUCAGAUUGAUCCAUGCCAGGAUGGAUGCUGACGGAGCAGCGUUAGACGUCAAAGGAGGGUGAUUUGUGUGGUUUUUCGGAUGUUAUGAGCUUCCAGGUUGUGUUCUAGAUGCUUUUCAGUCCCGGAGAGUUCACCGCUUUCACAAAGGAACACGUCUAGGCAUAGUGUUACAUAGUUAAAGGUUUGGUGAGCGGAUUUAUCAGUAGUUUCUGUAUUGCACGCAAGUCCACCUAUGUUAGCCUUCAUAUGUUAGACAGCAGUUUCCUUUAGCCUUUUCUCGUAGUGGAUUUUGACCUUAGUGUUGCUGCUUUAGUUGCACUUGAAGUUAGUUGUGCGCAGAAAACGGCGGUGGAUCGCUACAAGCUACUUUUUAUUCAGAUACUCUUUCUGAUAAUAUCCUGAACAUUUGGGUGAAAGUACCUGCCUUUCAACUAUUGCCCAAAACCGGUACGUAUUAACGAGUCAAUGGUUAUUUGACUUAUUUGAAGCAAAACUGUGUUUCUCCUGGCUGCAGGAUUUUAAUGAAGCGUCGUCUUGCUUCAGAUGGCCAGGGCUUUCCUUAACCAGUAUAACGUCUCUUCCCUGUGGAAGUCUCUGCAGUAAGCCCGUGUUUUAUCGGCUCAUGGAUGCACCAUGGCGUCGGGCUAUAGGUUUGCAGCAAAACCAUCUUUUUUCCCCUCAUCCAAGUGUAACUUUCCUUGCUGCAAGAGAGGCCGCUGGGCAUGGGAACGCCACCGUUAUCAGACCCGGAUCAUUGAGUACCACCAGCGACAGACGGUAGGCAUAUCAAGCCCAAGCUGCUUGCUGAAACUUUGCAUUAGAAAUCAAGCCUAAUGAGAAUAAGUUCAAGAACAUUUCUUGAUCAUUAUCAUUGUACCGUAAGGCUGAAGGUGCCACUCGCUGUUGUGGGAUUUAUUACCCAAUGAGCUGUGAUUAAGACCAGAUGUGGUUUAGGUUAAACGGCCUUAGGCAUUUUAUUGGCUGUAGAUUUCAACUGCAGCUACCGCUGUUGGAAGUGCGCCAUCUAGUGUUGCUUGCAUGUCUUUGUUGUAUUAUCAAACCACCAAAUUGUCUUUUACGUCUUGUAUUAAAUUUAGAUUGAGAUUGUAGAUUUGUUUUUUUUUAACUGUGCAUUAAACAGAUUAUUUGUUGUCCGAGCGAUCACCACAACAGCACUGAGGCGGAUUUAUUUUAAAGGACAUUUUCCCCCUAAAAUGUUUGUCCCCCCCCCCCAUCCCUCCAUAAUUAAACUAACCCAUCCCCUCUUCCGCCCUGUCUGCCUUUCACUACUAUGGCAUUUGUGCAAUAAAAACACUUGAAAACG